AUUAGUCAUGGUUCAAUGUGACAUGAGAUUAUUCGUGUUAUUUUUUUAUAAAAAUUUGCCAAGGUAGGUAAGAUUUUACUCCAUUCUAGAAACAAGUGUGAUACUUAUUGUUCUUGAGAAAGUUUUAGCUCAUUUCAGUGAAGCAAAAUCUUGUUGACUAUUCGAUGUAGUGGCAGGUAGGUAUUAGAUAUUCCGGAAUAUGCUCAUUUGAAUAGUACCAUGUCGGAUCAACGCGAAACGGAAAUAACAAGUGUCUCGCAGGAUGAGAUCUCCAAUGCUUCGAUGGAGUUUGCUUGCUCAGUGAUUCGCUCAUUACUUCAAAAUAAUCUCGACGGAAACGUGAUAUUUUCGCCCAUUUCUAUUUACUCAGCUCUGGCGCUAGUUUACUUCGGAUCCACUGGUAACACACGAAGUGAAAUAGCUCAGGUUAUGAGUUUACCAGCGCAGCAGAUUGAAAGUCAAGAAUUAUUCGAAAUCUUGAGUGAAAUGCUGCUUGCUAUCAGAGUUGCAAUGGGAACAACAAAUCGAGCCGAAAGAGUUAUCGAUAUACAAAAUCAUAUAUUUAUCCAAAGUGAUAUUAAUUUAAUAGCAUCUUACGUGUCUCAUAUCGAGUCCCUCGAUGGAUGCGAAAUUGUGAACGUCAAUUUUGAAGAUGAUUCAAAAAAUGCCACACAUAUGAUUAACGAUUGUGUUUCUCACGAUACAAAUGGCGACAUUUCGCAGUGCCUCACUGAAUCAUUAGAUUAUUCGGCACGUAUUGUGCUCGCAUCUUGUCUGAAUUUAAAAUUAAUUUGGGAAGACGGAUUUCAUCACCAAUCGACUAGAUCGGCAAAAUUUCAUACCAGACGUGGUGACGUAGACGUCCAAAUGAUGCUAUACCAAACUCGAGACAAAUUACCAUACGCGGAUUUACCAGACCUACACCUCGAAGCUCUCGAAUUACCAUUCAAACAGAAACAAGAAUCUGUUUACAUUAUUUUGCCCAAACUCGAGAAUACAUUGGACGAUGUGAUUUCAUCUUUAGAUCACUCAAUUCUUCAGAAAAUAAUCGAUCAAGUUGUUCCCUCAUAUGUGAAUUUAAAUUUACCCAAACUGAACCUGACGUGUACUGGUAACCUAUUCGAAGCUCUACAAAUUUUAGGAAUGAAUGAGGCUUUCACUGAUCAAGCUCAGUUAAAUAACAUGACUACUGAUCCGUUAUUACGUAUCUCCAAAAUUGUUCACGCAGUCAAAGUAGAAUUUGAAGAAGAGAAAGAGGGUACGUUUAAAAAAAUAUUCAAAUUUUAUGGUACGUGUUCGUGUUGCUGGAGAAAUAGUGAGAGUCGUAGGACUCGUUCGAACGGUCCAUCAGAUGCUAUUAACUCGCCAACGAAUCCUAUUCGGUUUGAUGUGAAUAGACCGUUUUUAUUUUUUAUUUAUCAUCGUGUCACGAAGAGUAUUUUAUUUUUAGGAGUUAUUCGUAAUCCUAACACUGCUGAAUGAUUUUCGAGAUCUUAUACCAAUAUUUUAUAGUGGUAAUUUUUUUAACUGUCAAAUCGUUCUUUCGUUUCAAAAAGACAAUUCAUGUAAUAUCUACCUAGCUAAUUAUUUAUUAUUCACGAAAUUCACUUCUAACUAAAAUACUUACCUGCCUAACUACACGAAAAAAUCUACUUUUAAAUUCUAACCCACCAAGUGUAUGCCUCUAUACUUAAUGAUAAUAAAUUAAUUUAUAUUCCUUAA